CGUACAUGCCCUGUGAGGUUGGUGGCGGAAAGGCCGUCUAGGCUCUAAAUUUAGCGAAUGACCGAGCCACAAACCCCCGUGAUUUGUGCUAUUCGUCUAUUUGUCUCUGUGUGUGCACUGUUGCUGUUGGCUCGAGCGAGUUUCAAGGUUUCAAGGUCUCAACUCGCCAUUUCCGCCGCAUGAUGCAAGUCUAAGACCCGAAGGGCUCAUGACAUGACGACUCACACUCUCUUCUGACCUUGGAUCAGCUACUUUCGCCGUCGCCAGCUCGUCACUCUUCAUACCUUCUCGUCGCCUUUCUUGCAUUCACGUUCUCUUCAAACUAUACAGUACUCCCAGCAGUCUUACACCCCGCAGCUUCUUGCUCAGCCUUACGACUACGCCGCCUUCCUCGUGGUCUAUGACACAACGAUCGACCUCACAGCAUUCCAACUACGCCUCUUCGCGUGCUACUACACGCUCGACCUACUCGAGAGCAUCCCGUCGCUUUGACUCGACAGCUCUGAAGCAAACCGUCCUGCCCAGUGACAAAGCGGAGCACGCUGCGCUCUCAACGCACACACGACCCUUCCGACACACGACGAUACACCCCGACCAACCCAAACAAAGCAACCAUGAAGGAAAUACCUGAGCACCAAGACUCGCCCGACGAGACCACGGUCCAGCCCACACCACCAGACAACAUGGUUGAAGACACCUCAAUCGAGGAUGCCCAGCCCUCCCACGAGGACAGCCAGAGCUCGCUCCCCCCACGCAUCGCCGCGCGCUUCUACCGGCCCUCGUCCAGCCGCCGCAAGUCGUCCGCCGCGUCGUCACGCCGAAACUCCAUAUCAUCCAUGCACUCACACCACUCUCACGCCUCAAACCUCUCUCUCCACGGCGGACCGCAGAGCAACCACAUCGCGCAGCACCUGCGCCGCGCGUCGAUCAUCGAGGACCGCCGAGCGCGACUCGCCGACCGCGCCGCACAUGCCGAGAAGGUACGAUUGCGCGCUGCGCUGGCCAAGGCGGCGCCGCGGAGCACGAAUAACUCGGAAGAGCGCGCGCUGGCGGCGCAGCAGGCAAGGGAGAAGAAUUUAGCGGAGAUUGUGGCGAGCUGCGCGGAGGAGGUGAAGAGGGCGAAGGGGAUUGCGGAAAGUAUGAAGGAGAAGCGUGAGGCGGAGGGGAAGAAGUUGAGGAGGCAUAUGGAGGAGAGAUUGGCGGAGGCGGAGAGGAGGAGGGAGGAGAUUUUGAAUCGUGGGCAUGGACAUGGGAAGAGGGGGAGGACUUCGAGUAUGGCGAGGGAUUCGUCGCCGAGCGCGAAUAAGUGCCUCUCGCCCAUGCCAGAAGCUGUGGAACAUAUUUCUGAAGAUACGGCUGCUAGUCGUAUCCAGAACUCUUGGAGGACGCAUAUACGCUGGAAGGCCUUGAAGGAGUUUACUGAGCUUGGGUUGACGAUUGAAAAAGCUCGGGAUACUUCCUUUGAGGAUGUAGUGACCCUGCUGGCUCAAGAGAAGGUCCUCCUAAGCACUGCUCAGAUACUUCGGAUAUGUGGUCUGAAGGAAGGGGAGAGCGGGUCUGUCAACGAAAUGACCGCAGUGCGGACAUUUCUCAGCGCGUUCCUCAUCCUCGGACAUCCGACUCAAGUUUUGAGCAGUAAAGGAGGUAAUGGGGAGCAAGAGCAGGAGCUUGUUGCGAAGGCCGGGGAUCUACUCAUAUCCUUCGAGAACGUUAUAUCGCGGUUAACUGCCUUCAAUAACUAUACCCCCCCGCCCAGACAACUUGCUCCGUUGUCGGAGUCGUAUGCGACGUUUUACAAUGCCUUCAUUGCGUGGAAGGCUCGCGACUCUAAUACGCUGGUUGACAUGAUGGUCCUGCAGUUUGUUGAGCUCGACGCUAUAUGGGAGACUGUCAAGGACAGCACAGAGGAGGCUGUGACGGCCUCAUACCGUGAUGGCAUCCGAGCGAACCAGCUGAAACUCAUGGUCAGAAUCAAGAAGUUGGCAGGCCCGGUGCAUGGCAAGCGCCUUAUAUCGAAUGCCAUCAAAGAAGCCCGGAAGGCAAGGGCAACCAAGCCGACGGGAGAUUCUCGCCCGAGAGCAAGCGUGAUAAGCUCAACUCCGACGCCUGAUCUUCAAGAGUUAGCGAAGUCAGAGCAGACGGUAGAGAAGCACCUCCAGACUAUGACACCGCCGGCUACGCCUACGCGGACGGCACCUGUCGCCGAUGCGAAUCACGCGGAGCGCCUCAGGACGGUGCAAUCGUUGCUGCCUGACAACCGCAAUGUCAUCCAUGAACUGGCGAUCGAUAAGGAGUAUCGUAUCGCUAUGGAGGAUUGCUUGGAGCAGCGCGGUGUAGUCAACCGCGCGAUCUUCGACGCUAUGCGCCGGGAGGUCGCUGCUGGCAACAGUGAUCCUUGGACUCUGGCCAUGGCCGAGAACAUCAAGGGCAAGCUUCACAGGCUGCUGCAGCCAAACACGUCGCUGCACAACUUGAUAAGUGGUGUCUUGGAUGUUGACGUUGUCCGCCAGGAGCUCCGCGCCGGGAGUUUCUCAUACGAGAAGUUCUUCUCGUUCAUGAGCACCAUCUUGCCCAAGCUCUGCGCCCCGAUCCGCGACGAAGAAGUCAAGGACCUAGUCCAGAAUAAGCUUCAGAACGGAGACCUAGUCACGCGUCUCGAGGCAUUGAUGCAUUUCAUCGACGUAAUGCAGCUCGACUACGCGAACUACAUGCUCUCCGAGUCCUCCCCGGAGCUCAUCAAACACGCGAUCCCUUACGAGCAAAAGCACUUCGCCGAUAGUCUCGAGCAAGGCGUACACACUCUCGAGCACACUGAAAUGUGGUGGAAUGCCGCGCGCACCAAAGUCCUUGACGAAACCGCACGCCGAGACCCGGAAGGCGUCAAUCUCCCGCGCAGCCGCCCGACACCAGAGAAAUUCUACUCCCAAAUGCUCAUUGAUGUCUUCACCGAUAUCAGCGCGGAGUCUGGGCCGCAUCUUCCUGAGACCCUGCAACUCGAUGCGCGCCGCAUUAAGCGCGUACGCGCGGAUUUGCUGCGUAUCCUCUGCGCCGGGGCGGUACUCAUCCAGGCCAAGAACCUGCUCAAGCGCGACGUGCGCAGCCAAUGGAAGACAGAGGCGUCGCGCAUCCUCAGCGUCCUCGAGGGCGCUAAGUCGGCUGCCUCAGCAAAAGACGGGAUUCAAGCUGCCCUUGAAUCUUGCAGAAGUAUGCCAUCAGCCACCAAAGCGCAUCUGCGCGAGCUAGUCGCCAGGGUGGCGGAGAAUACAUACGAGCUCGGCUUGAUGGAGACAGCAACGCUGCGGGAGCCGGUCAUGAGACUCUUACUAAAGAGGCUGAGGACCCACGUCCAUGCCCGCGUGUCGGCAACGACAGCGAGCGAGAAGGUGAAGGCUACCACGACGGCGAGCGAGGGGCUCGCGACGCUGGGCUUGCCGGAGUUUGUGGCGCCGAUUGGAAAGAUUGUGGAGGAGAUUGCGAGGGUUGGGGCGGUGGAUCGGGAGGCGCAUGCGUUGUGGUAUGAGAUUUUGGAGAAGAAGGCUGCGGCGGGGCAGGAGGAUUUGGUGCGGGCUUAGGUUUUGGUUGGGAGG